CAAGUUUGGAACAUCUUUACAUGGAAUAUGAUGAGGAUGAUGAUAUUUUCUUUGCAAAAUGGAUGAGCAGCUUCUGGGGCCACAACUUGAUCGAUGAGAAUGAGAAAGAGGGUAGAGGCCACAAGAAACGUCAGACACGAUUCUGUAAUGAGAGGAGAGCAUCCCUACCGGCCAAGCUUUCCUCCUUCCAUGCAACACGACUUCAUGAUUCUGCCAAAGGCUCAUCUUCAGGCCAUCUCAAGGGCUCCAAGGAAUUUCAAGAAGACCAAGAUGUCAAAUGCCACUGCCACAGGAAGGCAAGCAGAACAGCUUCAGCAGACAGCUCAGGCCCGGACACAAGAUCAAAUUCCAUUCAGGAGUUUGCAGAGUCCUUUGAAAAGCAAUUGCAUCUCAAAAGCAAGCGCUCAGUUUCUUUGCAACCUGAAGGCGUGAAGGAGAGACGAGAAAGAGAAAGAUUGCAUUUGAGAAAAAGCAAGUCUCAUAAGAGAAUGGAAGAGAAAUCAGAGCCAAGGAGAGAACGAGAAGAAGCUGAAGGUUCAGAAGUACCUGCAAAACACAACGAACAGUUUCCAUCACAAGCAAGCAGUCAGAAAGGAUAUUUAUGUACAGGCAGCUAGAAUGCAUUGAGAUAAUCAAUUUUAACACUCCCCCUGAAGAGCAGAGGGAGAAUUCUUGUUUUGUUUUGACUAGAAGAGGCCUGAUAGCUAGAAUAAACCCUAAGCUGUAAAACAAAAGUAAAACUCAACUACAUC